AUGAAUUAACAAAACCUAAGAACAAGUUAAAGAAAAAAAUAGUUAGUUAGUUGUGUUAAUUCAAAACUACAUUAAUAAGAUAAAUCAACUACUCCUUCUAUAUUAUAAAGAUAAUAAUAAAUAACUCCAAAGCGAAAAUAAUAAUUCUCAUUGCCAAGAUUCAAUAGUACAAAUAAUUAUCUUCAAUAACCAAUGACUAGAGAAGAUAUGUUAAAAUUCUUAGAAUAAAUUACUUUUGCAGUUGAAAAUGUGUAAUAUAUAUUGUUAUAGUCAGAUGAUGUCUAAAAUUAAAUGACACAAAAUGUAGGUUAAUCAUAAAACAAAUUCAAAAUUACUUAAGAAUAAUAAACAGAUUAUUCUUUUAUUUAGUAGUAAUUAAAAACUAAAUUACAACCUUAAAAUUAAAAAACAUAAACUCCAAAUAGAACACAAUCAUUUUAUUAAGAUAAUGAGUUGAAAAAACUUAAUAUAAGGAAAUAAAAAACUGAAUUUUCUGGAGAAAGUGAUACAACAGAAAAAUAAUCCUCUAAAUUGCCAAUUAUAUCUUAAAGCUCUAAAAUAAAAUAAAAAAAUUAUAGAAUAAUGCCUGAUGGGACAAAAAAUAGAAUCUAAUCCUAAGUGUUUUAAUAUCAGUAUUAUUAGAAUCAAAAAGAUAAUUAAGAAAAAUCAUUUCAAUUUAUUUCUAAAUUACAUUCAGAAUCUCAAUCAGAAUACUCAAAUAAUCUAAAUGAAUCUUCUUAAAAAAUUAGAAUUAAGACAGAACAAUCUGAUAACUGCUAAAUUGCAAUCACACCUAAAUAAUUAAUUAUAAGUUAAGACACUGAAAAUGAAAAAAAAUAAAAAACCAUUUUACUAAAAGAAUAAUCUUAACGUUCUUAGAAAACAAAAACAAAUGAUCAUGUAUCUAACAUAAAUAUAUCUUAAGAAUAAUAAAAAAGUGUAUCUAUCAUGAUUUAAACUUAAGAUGAACCUGUUAAUAAAGUAUUAAAUUAAGAUUUUGUUGAUUCUAAAAUUAAAGAUAACAAUUAAAAAAUUUCAAAAAAAUUAGAUUAAUCGUAGAAUAUAGAAAUUACAUAGAAAACUAAAAAAAGACCUAUUUAAGUGAAACAAUCUAUUUUACUUAAUAAUGAGGAGCAUUAAACUCAUAAAAAUAAAUUAUCUAAAAAUUCAGCCAAAAUAGAUAGUUCUUAAUAACAUUAUUAAUAGUCAGAAAAAGUUUCUAAAAUUGAGGAAAUUAAUCUUAUAGAUACUCCAGAUAAUUAAAUAGUUAAUUCAUAAAUUAAAGAUGAAAAAUGUUUGUAAACAUCAGAGAAAUAAAAAGAUGAUAAAAUUUUUGAAGAUAAGAAGAAAUAUUAAUAAAUUAAUUCCUUGAUUUAAAUACAUGCUGAUCAAGAAUAAACUCAUUAAAUUUAGGAAACUUAAAACCCUGAUCCUAUUAUAAGUUAGUAAAAUUUAUUUAUAGAGUCUAAUAAUUAAUCAUUAAAGAAUAACAAAACUAUUGAUAAUGAAGAAUUCUAUUUUGAACCAGAAGAAGAAUCUAAAAUGAUAUCUAAGUUAUAACCUAAAAUUAGUAAAGGUUAAAAAUAAUAAGAGAAUUAAUAAGAAUUGAUGAAUAAAACGAGUUCUACAAUUAAAAGUGUUUAUAUUCUAAAUGAAAACAUUGAAUAAAAAGACAAUUUUUAAUUGCAUUAGCAAGCAGUGAACAAAUCAAAUUUAAAUAAUAUUUACGAAGAGGAUAAUUAAAACGAUCAUAAUAAAGAUUCUUAAAAUUAAUUUAUUAAAACAAAUUCCGCAAAUGAAAUUUAGAAUUAAAAGACAGAUCAAAAAUUAAAGAAAAUAAAUCAAUUUAAUAACAAUUAAGAAGAUUUUGUGAAAUCUCAAAUAGUAUAUUAGAACACAGAAAUGAAUUACAACAUACAAAAAAGUUUAUAAUAAAGCUAAAUAUAAAUUUCUACUGAUAAUCAGUAAAAUAUUUGUUUAUAAAUUUAAGCUUUAAUAAAUAAUUAAAGGACCAAAAAAAUAAAGAAACAGAAAACACAAAGAUUUAAAAUAACAGUCUCAAAAAUUCAAUAAAAGAAAGUUAAAAUCUUGAAUAAAAUUAUUAAGGAAAUCAUGAAAUUGAGUUAAAUUAAUCAUAAAAUAUUAAAGACCGAAAAUAUUAAGAAAUGUCGGAAUAAUACUAAUUAGAUGAUUAAAAUAGUUUGAUAAAUAAAAGUUAGGAGCAAUUAAAACAAAAAAAAUCAUCUUUAAUUUAAUAAAUUUAAGAAUUGGAAAAUUAACUUGAUAUAUAACAAAAAAAUGUGAAUUUAAAUAAAUCAUCUGAAUAAAGUAAUAGAUAAGUAGUUUAAUAACAAAUGAGUAAAGUUUCUAAUGAAAUAAAAGAGCUUGAUACAGAUUUGAAAAGUAAAAUUUGA